AUGACUAUAGCUAUACUUACGUGGCUUCCUCCUCCACCUUCUCCCUCUUGUUGGUACAUAUCAGGUAUUAGUGUAUUUUGCCAACCUUUAUUUGCAUUUGUUGAGAAAUGGUGUGCAAGAAAAUGGGCGAAGGAUGGUUUUGCGACCAUAGAAUAUAAAAUUGCUCUUCCUUGCAUACCAACUGAAAUUGUUCCGGUUAGUUGGAGGACAGUUGUUUUUGUAUUUUCAACAACCAUCAUAGACAUGCUCAUGCCUUUCUUCAACGAUGUAGUUGGAAUACUUGGAGCAUUUGGUUUCUGGCCCUUAACGGUUUACUUCCCAAUAGACAUGUACAUUUCAAAGAGGAAGAUUCCUAGAUGGAGUAAUCGAUGGCUUGGACUUCAGUUACUCAGUUUCACUACUUGA